AAUUAAUAAAUUUUUGUAUAAUUAUAUCGUCGUCGUCAUCAUCAGCAAAGCAAAAAGAGUCAAACGCUCUCUGCUUUCUCUCUCCUCUCUCGCCCCUCGAUUUCUCUCUCAUCUGCUCUCUCUCAAAAUCUGCUUAAGAGACUGGUGGACGAGCUUGUAAAUUUAUACAAAUAAGUUAUUUGGGAGUUGGAUAUAAUUAAGAGCUGGAUGGGGUUGGAAUUGAGUUUAGAGGAUUCAAUAAGUUGAGGUUUUUGAAUAAACAGUCAAACUUUAAGCUAAGGGCUCUAAGAAGUUGAACUUAUAUUGGGAGCUAAUUCAAUGACUAAUGGUAGAAGAUUGCACUGGCAGUAAGUAUCAAUGGUGUGGAGUAUGUCCUGUCUAUAGCUGCACUGGUAUUGCGGGCAUUAUGCCGGAUAUUGUAGGCAGAAAUGCAAAGGUAUCCUGCUACCAGUUUCAGUGGUGGAGUCAGCAAUAAUGCUGUUGGUGGGUCAUCUUCUAGGGAAAAUGCAAGGGUAGACUCGGGCUUUUCGACAUCGAAUUUCAAUUUGAAUGCGAGGAGACCAUCAUCAUUAAUACCAUACAAGAUUAAGUGUGAUAAAGAACCUCUUAAUAGUCGACUUGGGCCUCCUGAUUUUUAUCCUCAGACUCCAAACUGCCCAGAAGAGACCCUAACUAGAGAAUAUAUUCAAUCUGGAUACAAGGAAACUGUUGAGGGAAUUGAGGAAGCUCGGGAGAUUGUACUUACUCAGGCCGCAUAUUUCUCAAAAUCUGAGAUCAUCUUAAAAUGCAAAGAGGCAAUACGGAAACGCCUCAGGCUUAUCAAUGAAUCUCGUUGUCAGAAGAGAAAGGCUGGACAGGUUUAUGGAGUGCCUCUUUCAGGACCACUAUUAAUAAAACCUGGUGCUUAUCCUGAUCAAAAGCCAUGUGGUGAAGAUUUCCGUCGGAAAUGGAUUGAGGCUCUGUCACAGCAGCAUAAGAGGUUAUGUUCCUUGGCUGACCAUGUUCCUCAUGGCUACCGAAAGAAAUCUCUCUUUGAAGUACUCAUUCGCUAUAAUGUUCCAUUACUAAAAGCAACAUGGUUUAUCAAAGUUACUUAUCUCAAUCAGGUUCGGCCUGCCACCAACAACAUCACAUCUGGAAAACCUGAUAAAGCACAAUUUGUUCGCACUGAUUUGUGGACAAAGGAUGUGAUUGAGUACUUGUGCCAGCUUUGGGAUGAUUUCUUCUCAAAAGAUGGUUCCUCACCAGCUGCAUCAGGGAGGGAUCAUGCCAUGCAAACUCCUUUGCAGGGUUUGGGACAGCAAAGAUCUGACUCAGCCUCUUCUAUACAUGAUGUCGAGGAGCCCUCCUUGCAAUUUAAAUGGUGGUAUAUGGUUCAUCUUUUGAACUGGCAUUAUUCAGAAGGUCUUCUUCUUCCUUCUGUUAUCAUAGAGUGGGUCCUCGGUCAGCUCCAGGAAAAGGAAUCAGCUGAGGCUUUGGAGUUGCUUUUGCCUGUUCUGUGUGAUGUUAUUGAGAGUAUUUCACUCUCACAGACCUAUGUACAGACUUUUGUGGAUAUAGCUGUUCGAUCCAUAGAUGACCUCUGUCCAACUGGUUUGAGUUUAUUAGAUGAUUCGAAAAUUCCACCCCUUGCUUCAGCCUUGAUUGAGAUGCUACAUUAUUUGAUAGUUGCUGUGCCUGAUACAUUUGUGGCCUUGGAUUGCUUUCAGCUGCCAGCCUAUAAAUUGCUUGAUAUGGGUUAUAAAAAUGCUAUAAGAAGGUCAUCAGAGCAUGAAGACGAUGAUCACAUGAGGACAGAAAAUACUGAUCUUCGAUACUUGUCCCUUGGACAUGUGAUUUCCACCAUUCAGAAACGCGCUUCUAAUGUUGCAAACAUUGUCAAUCCUAGCCUUGACGGUCAUGGUGCAGCAAAAGUUUUGAAGGUCUUGGAUAAAAUUCUGUUGGUUGGAGAUGUGAGAUCUGCUUAUAGCACUCUAUUUGAAGAUUUGUCUGAUGUGACUAUUGGAGGACGAUGGAUUACAGAAGUUAGUCCAUGCUUGCGAUCUUCUUUGGAGUGGAUUGGGACUGUUAACUUGUCUCUUAUUUGUUCUGUAUUUUUCUUGUGUGAGUGGGCAACAUGUGAUUAUAGAGACUGCCGAACAUCCCUGCCUCAGAAUCUGAAAUUUACUGGUGGAAAGGAUGUUGCACAGGCAUAUAUUGCUGUUCUACUUUUAAAGCUUAAAAAAGAAGAUAUGCAUAAUCCUUUAGAGGCCAAGAGUUCCUGUAUUAUCAGUGAAUCAUCUGUUCAUCUGCAUGAUAAUGUGUUUGGUCAAGCUGCUUUAGCUAAUGCUUCUGCUGGAAAUAGCAUGAACAGUUCAGAUGACAGAAAGAGUAAAACAGAUAUUUUUCAGAGUCCUGGUCCACUGCAUGAUAUUAUUGUGUGUUGGCUGGAUCAGCAUGAGACUGGAAGAGGUUUCGGAAGUUACAAGUGCCUUCAAGUUCUUCUUGUGGAAUUAAUACGUAAUGGCAUCUUUUAUCCUCAGGCUUAUGUAAGGCAACUAAUAGUUAGUGGGAUUAUGGAUGGAAAGGAGACAUCGUUUGAUAUGGAAAGACGAGCAAGACAUCAUAGAAUUUUAAAGCAGCUUCCUGGGAUCUGUUUGUCUGAUGUUUUAGAAGAGGCCCAGAUUGCGGAAGCUGGAUUGCUGUAUGAGGCUGCUCAUAUCUAUUCCAAUGAACGUCGACUUGCCCUUCAUGGGCUUCUUACUGACUGUGCCAUUCCUCCAAAUGGUGGCCUGAGUUUUUCAUUACGAAAGCAAAGGGACCAUUCAGCUGCUGUCAAAGAUGGCAUGUCAUUGGCUUUGCUCAAGGCACAUAGAAAAUCAAUUUCUCCAGUUUCUAAGCAAUCCAAAGUGAAGAAGCAAGUUGCAGAAAUAAAAGGCUCAAUUUCAACUUUCCUUCAAUUACCUAAUACUUGUUCUCUUCCAGUUGAAUCCAAAGCUGAGGGAUGUCUAGGGAGUAUAGAGAGACCUUUGGGCUCAUUUGGUGUCAAAGUCUGUAAGUCUGAAGCCACUGCAGGUUGUGAGGAAUGUAGGAGAGCAAAAAGGCAAAAGCUAGGCGAUGGAAGUUCUUCCUAUCAAUUGUUUUCUUUGUACCUGUCAGAUGAUGAGGACACUUGGUGGGUGAGAAAGGGAUUAAAAUUGCAAGAUUCAUUUAAGAGUGAUCCAGCUCUUAAGCUGAGCAAAAAUGGGUCUAGAGGUAGACAAAAGAUGAUGCGCAAAACUCAAAGUCUUGCGCAGUUGGCUUCUGCUAGGACUGAGAGUAGCCAAGAGGCAUCUACUAGUCAUAUAUGUCACGAAGUACACUGUCCUGACCAUAGAUCUCGUGUUGAGAGCAACUUGCCCAAUCAUAUCAAGAAGGAAGCUUUGUCUCUUGGUGAUAUUGGGAGACGUAUAAAAUGUCUUAGGCUACUAGAGAAACGGUCUAUUUCAAUUUGGUUACUAACAUUAAUUAAACAAAUGGUUGAAGGAAAUGACAAGUCUGCUUCCAGGCAGAAUGAUUGUACUAGUGCUUUUUCUGUACCAUUUGAUGAUAGGAAUGCUGGACAGUGGAAACUAGGUGAAGAUGAACUGUCUGCCAUCUUGUACAUAUUGGAUAUUUCUUGUGAUUUGAUUUCAGCUGUAAGAUUUAUUUUAUGGUUGUUGCCAAAGAUUGUCAGUGCACCAGGCAGUACAGUCCAACUUGGGAGAAAUACUGUGACCUUACCCAAAAAUAGGGAAGCCCAUGGCCUUCAAGUUGGGGAGGCAUUUCUACUAUCGGCUCUUCAAAGGUAUGAGAACAUAAUUGUAGCAGCAGACCUUUUGCCAGAAGUUCUAGCUGCUUCAAUGCAUUGCGCUGUUUGUAUGAUGGCAACCAACGGAAGAACAAUUAAUUCAGCAUCUUUUUAUUAUGCUCGAAUUUUGCUUAAGAAGUACAGAGAUGUUGCCACUGUAGUAAAAUGGGAAAAGAAGUUUCGACCUACAUGUGAUCACAGACUCCUUGCAGAACUUGAUGCGGUUCGCACAGCAGAUGGAGAUUUAGGAUUUUCCUCUGGUGUAUCUGCAGGUAUGAACGAUUUUGAUGAUUAUUUUCGUCAUAAGAUGAAUGGAAGGACAUCACGAACUGGUCCAGUCAUGAAAGGCGUUGUUCAAAGACAUAUAGAGGAAGUUGUUCGCUAUUUUUAUGCAAAAGAAAGAAAGCCGUUCGAAGGGGGAACUCCUAAAAGCCUGCCUGAGAAGUUGGAUGAUGCCUAUCAGGUAGCUCAAGGAAUUGUUCAGGGCCUAGUAGAAUGCAUUCGGCAAAAUGGUGGUGCAACUCUGGAAGGGGAUCCCUCUAUUGUGGCCUCUGCUGUUUCUGCAAUCAUAAGUAGCGUGGGACCACCUGUAGCCAAACUGUUAGAUGUAAAUCCAAACAAUAACUACCAAGGUUUGUCAUCUUCAACGAGUUCACGUACUUGUGUUGGGCACAUAAUAUGCAUCUAUAUAACUUCUCUGUCCAUGCUUAAAGAUGCUCUUGGAGAUCGUCUUAGCCGCAUAUUUGACCUGGCUUUGGCAUGUGAAGCUUAUUCUGCAGUUUCUGGAGCUUUUGUUCCGGGAAAGACUCAUCAUACUCAAUUUCAAUCAUCUCCUGAAACUCAUGAUGUAAAUUCAAGUCAUUCAAAUGAAAAUUUCAAUAAUUCUGCAAAGAUAUAUGCUGGAAGGGUUGCAAAAGCUGCUGCAGUAUCUGCUCUUGUUGUUGGGGCUAUCGUUCAUGGAGUUACUGACCUUGAGAGGAUGAUAACAGUUUUCAAAUUAAAGGAGGGACUGGAUGUGCUACAGUUCAUUAGAAAUAAAAGGACCAGUUCAAAUGGGACACAGCGGGGCAGUUUUAAACUCGAGCAUUCUGUUGAAGUGUAUGUACAUUGGUUUAGAUUGCUUGUGGGCAAUUGCCGAACUAUUUUUGAUGGACUCGUUGCAGAUAUUCUGGGGGAAUCUUACGUCUUAGCUCUUUCAAGGAUGCAGCAGAUGCUUCCUCUCAGCGUGGUUUUACCUUCUGCUUAUUCAAUCUUCGCCAUGGUCAUUUGGAGGCCAUAUAUUCUCAACAGAAAUACUGCAACUCGUGAAGAAGUCCAACUGUAUCGCUCUUUGUCCUUGGCCAUGGGUGAUGUUAUCAGACACCACCCGUUUCGAGAUUCAUGUUUAAGGAACACUCAAGUGCUCUAUGAUUUUCUAGCUAGUGAUGUUAGUGAUUCUGAGUUUGCUGCAAUGCUUGAAAUGCAUAAUCCGGAUAAACACUUGAAAACAAUGGCAUUUGUUCCACUUCGUGCCAGGAUGUUUCUGAAUGCUAUUAUUGAUUGUGAAAUGCCUGCCAUUACACAAUUACAGGAAGAUGGAUCGUGGUUAUCUAGGCCUGUUGAAAAAAGAGAGAAUGAGACAAAGCUUCUGGAUAAGGUUGUUCAUGUGUUUGACACACUGCAGCCUGCAAAGUUUCACUGGCAAUGGGUUGAGCUAAGGUUUUUGUUGAAUGAGCAAGCCCUUAUUGAAAAAAUUGAAACCAAGGACAUGUCCUUUGUGGAUGCUGUUCGAUCAUUAUCCCCUAAUUCUGAAAAUUUUGCAAUUUCUGAAAGUGAAAAGUUUUUGUCUGAAAUCGUUCUAACGAGAAUACUUGUGAGACCUGAUGCAGCACCUCUCUAUGCAGAAAUUGCCCGUGUACUUGGAAGAUCACUAGAGGAGUCACUGGUUAUGGACAUAAAAUGGCUUUUGGCUGGAAGUGAUGUCCUAUCUGGACGCAAAUCGGUCAGGCAGCAGCUUGUAUCUGUUGCUCAGCGCAAAGGUCUUUCAGCUAAAGCCCAGUUCUGGAAGCCAUGGGGUUGGUCAUGUUCUGCAGAAAAUGUUGUAGCGAACAAGGUUGAUAGAAAUAAAGUGGAAUCCUUUUCAAUUGAAGAAGGGGAAGUUGUUGAUGAACCUAUAAAUAUCAAGUUACAGACCAAAAUUAGCUCAUCAUCACCUGAGGCUGAAGCCUUUGGCUUUAGCCAGCAGUAUGGCACUGAGAAAGCACUGGUAGAACUAAUACUUCCAUGUAUAGAUAGGAGCUCCAGUGACUUGCGCAAUUCAUUUGCUGCUGAGUUGAUAAAGCAGAUGAGUACCAUUGACCAACAAUUAACUAUGCUUGCACGUGGAGGCAGUAAGCAGGCUAGUGGUAUCUCAUCUGGCGUUGAAGUUUCUUCAAACAAAGGCAGCAGCCGCAAGAGUAUGCGUGGUGGGAGUCCUGGAAUGGGUAGACGACCAACAGGAGUGAUUGAUUCCUCCCCACCAUCUUCGGCAAAACUAAAAGCAUCCUUGUGGUUGCGGUUGCAGUUUCUUGUGAGACUCCUUCCUAUUAUUUAUGCUGAUAGGGAACCAUCUCCAAGAAACAUGAGAUACACAUUCGCCUCUAUUGUACUUCGGUUUCUUGGAAGCCGGUUUAUCUAUGAGGAUGCAGAUAUAUCUCUUACUGCAUUGGCCACUGUUGCUCAGAAGAGGGAAUCACAAUCUAAUUCUAAAGCCUCUACUUUUACGUCAUGGGAUCGUUCUGGUGACAGCCUCUUUGACUUGCUUUUGUCUGUUCUGCAUGGUUUGCUUAGCUGUUCCAAACCAAGUUGGUUAAAGCCUAAGUCUUCCUCCAAGUCAACCGUCAAAUCUCCUAGAGAGUUUUCUGUGUUUGAUCGUGAGGUAGCCGAAAGCUUGCAGACCGACUUGGAUCGGAUGGAAAUUCCUGCUACAAUCAGGAGGCGUCUUCAGGCCGCGAUGCCAAUUCUACCUCCAUCUCCUCCCAUCUCUUUCUCUUGCCAACUUCCAGCACUCUCUUCAACAGUCCUUGCAUCAAUUCAACCCAGCACCCAGACUCCGCACUUAUCUAAACUAGUCUCAUUGCCUCGCCCUUCAACUAACUUAUCUACCAAGAGCAAAGCAUUGGCUUCUCUGGACUCUGACAUGGAAAUUGACCCAUGGACUUUGCUUGAAGAUGGCACAGUAUCUGCUUCUUCCUCAAGUAACAGCGGCAAUGUGAGUAAAGUUAAUGGGGAUCAUGCCAAUCUCAAGGCCUGCAGCUGGCUUAAAGGCGCUGUGAGAGUGAGGAGAAGAGAUCUUACAUAUGUUGGAGCAUUGGACGAUGAUAGCUGACCCCCCUUUUUUGUACAAUUAUUUGAUGGUGGAAGCUUGGCGGUAAGUUUAGAGCUUGGCUCUGUUGCUGUCAUUCUUUUGCCAAGGCUGCUGUAUAUAAUUAGAGUUUAAUUUUUUCCCCCGCCGAAUGAGAUGAAGAAAAUCAUCUCAGAAAUGGUCUGUAGCUCUAUUAAUGCCAUCCCAUUUUGCAUCAUGGUGUACCAUUUUGAAAGAAAAAGUGGCCUUUGUUGACUUGAGUAUAGAUUAGGAAAUGGUUGGCAAUUUUAAUUAACAGAGGGAUGGUGCAAUUGCAUCUCAUGUAAAAUUAGUAUAAACACGGGGUUGUAUCCUUAAUUUUGUUGAUUAACUGUAGCCCAUCUAAAUUAGGGUUCCUCUUAUGUACCGAAUAUUGGCUAUUCUAGCAAAGCUACAAGAUUUGCCGAUUUACCGAAUACCAUAAUGUAACUUCUGUACUUGAUGAUAUUUUGCGCA